UGUAGAGUUCUAAUUGCGUGCGUUUCGAAAUCUGCGCGACUUGCUAACUAUUCGAAAUGUUUACAUAAUUUGUCUUGUGGGAAGUACUAUUUUUGCGAGCGGGUGCGUAUUAAUAUUUUGGACGGCUUGUUCGACAGUAAUUUAUUUGAAGAAGUAAAAACAACGAGAAAUCGGUCCGUUCUUCGAAUGCGUCCGAAUCGAGCAUGCAGAUUCGACAAAAUCACAAGAUCGGAAACCAUGAUGUAAAUCGUGCCACGUAGAAAUAGUCCUGCUUGCGUUGCCAAGAUCCAACCGUCGUCGAGUUCAGUUUACGUUCCUGCAUAUCGCCGGGUGCACGGACCGGGGCCUUCCGAACCGAAACCGAAAUCUGGAUGCCAAGAAUAAGCUUGUUUACAAUCGAACAGUGAAUCGUAGAGUGCAUUCCCCGAAUCUCGGGCAGUUCCAGAUAAUCCUCGGCGAUAAUAAUAAGUGUGCAACCGUCGAACGCUUGCCAAGGGCAAUUGCGCCUCAUCUCGAACGCAUCCUGCAACGUACAUACAGGUGAACAGUUGAAAGCGUAGCCAUCGACAGCGACAGCUAAAUAUACCCGCAUUUGUGACGUAACGGACAUUUCGAGUAGUGCGUGAGCAUGAGUGGUCAUGUACGGUAAAGCGGACCCGCAGCAGCAAUGGUCGGUCCAUGCGGAGUUCACCAUCUCUCAUCCACGGGUGGACUCGGACAAAGCACCUCAGACUCACACCGAACAAGGCGAUAAUGGCGUACGGAUGACGUACACUUGGACUUCGCAAGCCAAUCAGAAUUGGAGUUCGCGAAGGACGCCUCCGCCUUCUGGGUCGACGUCCACGCACAGCGACGCAACCCCGAAGUCUUACGGCUUCCAGAAGGGGAACCUCCUAUUCACUUCAACGCCUCCGAGACGUCCGUACAACCUCCCCGAAUCCAAUACGAACACGAACAGGCUGGGCGUCCAAGACUCCGGCUACGGUAGCGACCUUUUGUCUCCAAACUCUUACGGGAAUUACCCGCCGAGAAGACCCAUCCAGCAGUACAAUCGCAAAUGCCGCAGCACCUGUAACAUCGUCCUCUCAACGAAUGUCCAGGACGAAAAUAGAACGGAAGAUGCGGCAGAAUCUAUUCAUACGCAAUGCGGAAGAACCCAGAGUUUGCGAUGCCAAACACCCACCUUGCGCUGCGAUCGCAAAGAUAACUACUACGGCUGCGGAGAUCCCUGGUGCCAUCACAUACACUACGGAGAUGAUUUCGCGUGUUCGGGACGGUUCUCUCCGGUCAUGGAGACCUGCGAGGAUUGUCCUAGUGGGCACACGUCGACGGAGACUUUCAGUACGGUGAGGUGCGAGCACGGAAGGAGCUCUCUGCCGAGGGAGAACGAGAAUCGAAAGGAUGCUUGCGUGCAAACGUUCGAGAUGAUCGAUAAGUGUACGUCGCCGUUCGUCAAGAUGGGAAGUUUCAAGUAUGACGAUUCUCAAGGAAAAAAAGACAAAGCGUCGAAGAAGAAGUACGGAUCGAGUAGCAGGAGAAGGACGGAGCCGAUUUUUCAGCGGUCCCAGUCGCCGACAUCGAUCACUCCGGAUAGUUUAGAGAGUACGAAGGGCCAGCGUCGAUUAUUACGUUCUCCUAAACAUGGAAAAGCAACAUCUUCCGACAACCCGACGAAAGAAAAAGGAUCAUCGUCGGAAUCGAAACUGAGCGAUGCAUCGAAAAAACCCCGCACGGUACACAUCGACGUUUACUGCACGGGUACCGAAAUGGAGUCGGAUGCCACUAAUUCUUCCAGCGAAUCAACAACGGAAAACGAAACUGCUUCCACGCCCCAAACCGUAUUCGAAUCGGAAAAAGUACGCAUUACCCACAAACGUGCAGACGAAACCCAGCUUCCGUUCAGCGUUCGAAAAUCGAGAUCCAGCAGCAAAGAGAGGAAACCCGAACCGGAAAAGAUGGAAGAGUCCGAUCUUGACGAUGGGACGACGACCGCCUAUCCAUCAAAGCUCAGUUCAUACUCUACCAUAAGGGAUUUUUCUUCUAGUAUUUCGAGUGUUCCUCAAUCGUGGACGACGUAUUCGAUGUCUAGUUGUACUGUACCAGACGACUACGAUUCCAUUGCAAAUACUUCGUGGAAAGAUACUUUCUCCGAUAUCGAUAGUUUGUUACAUAGUCGUUCAAGUAUUGCUCAGACGGAGAGUUUAGACUUUAUUCCUCGCAAGUUGUUCGAAAAGAAUGCAAGCAUCGACGAAACUCCCGAGAUAGAAUCGUCGAAAGAUGUUUUGGAGACUCCAAGUCAACUCAGUUUGCAGCCUAGCGACAGCUUCGAGUACGCCAACUCCGAAGACAGACUGAGAAUCAAGAAGAUGGAGGAGUUCUGGAAGAACAAGACUUGUGCUAAACAGUGGAAGUCGCCGCAUACCGAGAGACGGCACUUGCUCCAACAGAAGAAAAUUAAAGAAUACCUGGAGAAACGACUGAGCGAUAAGAAUUUACCCAAGUGGGAAUCGAAAGAGUCCGAUUCGGAGGGUAGCGACGUCUCCGAGAAGGGAUGGACAUUCGUGAAAGCAAGCAAGAAGCAGGAAGAGGCGAAGACUGAAAGUGUGCCUUCUCAAGCGUCGAGUGCUCAAAAAACUAGUUCGUCCAGCAAAUCUCCGAGUACAAUCGUUAUCCAGCAAAGGUUAAGUCUGGAUCCAAGUUUGCGAGCCCCUUUCACCAUAGUGCCUGGAAUCUACACGAACCAGAGGGCUAUUGCGAAGAAGUUCGGUUCGAUAGUACCUGUAGUGAGAAAGCCGGGGCAUCACGUUGGACCGGUCAAAAAUCCGGAUUGUCUGUGCGAUCAUUGUCAAAGACAUUUUAUGAACGUGGGGUACAGGGGCCGUGCGCGUUCCAUGGGCGAUCCACCCGCUUUCGACGUGCAAAACUGGAAAAACUUUGCCCGUUUUCCUCAAACCGAGUCCGCGUCUAACAAAAGUGUUCCGUCACAGUUAUGUACCGAUUUUUAACAUGUGUUUGCUUAGUUGUUAGUAAUUUUGAAUGCAUUUUUAUAAGUCUUUUUUUAUUUGUAUAAUUUUUGAAGACGGCGUC